GGAUUAUAAUUUGUAUUAUAAAAACCAUAGGAUGGUUGGGAUACCAUCAAAUUAUACUUGGGCGCCGUUUGAUAGUUAAGACUGCCAAAAUGAAAUUUCUUCUUGCAUUUUGUGUCGUCGUGGGUGUGACGAACGCUGCGCUGCUGAGACCACCAUACACAGACACUUAUACAAUCGCACUACACGAACAGCGACAAUUCGACAUCUUUGAGAGUACGAAAAAUCUCAUCCAAAAUUUGCUAGAAAGACUACGUAAAGCUGCAAGCGAAGCUAGAGAGACGAUCGGCUCCUUCACUACAGGAGUUCAAAAUGAAGCCAACGUGAUCAAGCAGAAAAUAAUUAAAGACAUCAAAAUACUCAGAGAAAGAGUUGCAACGGCUAUUGACAAUGUUUCUGAUAGGCUCAUCGAUUCUGGUACAGGCGUUGUCGGUUGUGUUGCUACUUCCAGAGAAGAAGCAGCUCUAUUAUUCAAUGAAACAUUAACCAAAGCUCUCGGAUGCGUCGAUGAUCGUAUAAAAGAUGUUUCUGCUCAGAUACAUGGUUUAACUACGAUCGCCAAUAAUGCGACAGAAUUUGCUAACAAAGUUGUAGUAGACAUGAGACACUGCACGGCAGAGAACGGCAACAUUCUGUCUAUCGGCGGCUGUCUUGGUAAUGUAGCAAUUCAUACGGAGAUGAAGGUAGCCGUGUUUGCAACACAAACUACGCUGACGAUUGGCCGCAUCAGUUUAACAUUAGCAACAUUACCAGCAUCUCUCGAAGUGUGCGCCGGGACUCGUCUAGUUGAAGCAGGAAUUUCGACAACCAAAAUUAUAAUGGAAAUUGGCACUUGCUCUGCUAAUUCUGUGUAUACAUCAUUUUCUGGUGGGAAUACUGACACCACUGGCCUCUUGACAUCAAAUGCUGAUUUAUUAGCCCCAAUCAAUGGAUUAUUACCGGUCCUACCAUCCGAUGAGCCGACAAUCGAAAGACAAUAAUUUAAUAUUAUAAGUUCCUGUAAUUUUUUUCGUUUUGUAUCUUGACCUAAUUAUUGUAAAAUUGCAAUAAAGCUAUUGUAUUUAUUUAA